AUGAGAAAGAGUUUCUAAAUAAUUUUUGGAAUCCAUAACCGCAAAGAAAUAAGAGAACCAAUUAUUUAGGAGAGAAUUUAACAAGAGUUUGUAAUUGGUUCUCAAAAGAAUGAAGAACAUUAAAACAAAUUUUUAAUGAUGAAUCCAUAAAGAAAGAGAACUAAUCAAUACUUGUAUGCUUUAGACAGAUUAAAGUCAUUUUAUAAAGUUAACAUGCAAUCUAACGAAUUUGAAAAGAUUCCUGUCAUAGCUUAUCCAAAAGAUAAUACAGAAGUAAUUGGAUUAUUUCAAGUAAUAGAAAAAAGUAAAUUUGAAUAUGAGUCAUGCUAGAUGGAAUUAGUAGGAUUGUUUUCCUCACAAGGACAGUGCAGAUAUUGGUUCAUCAUUUGGUGAAAAAUUAGUUCAAAAAAGUUCAAUUAUAAUAGCUAGUGUAAGCAAAUAAGACUUUAGACCUUAUUAUGCUCAAGAACAGGAUCAGAAUAAUAUUUAUAUCUAAUCUUAGUCUUCAGAGCAGCAGAAAAAUAAAAUUAAGUAACCAAGAAAAUAAUAAACUAUUUUUGGCCUAAACAAAUCUAAAGUAGAAUUUAUAUGGGAAGAUUAAGGAUAAAGAUCUGAAUGCAAUCAGUCAAAAUCGCCCUUCAAAAAAUUAGGUGGAAUACUGGAGGAUGACUUUCUAUUGCCUUCUUUUUUAAAAGAUGAAAAUGUUCAUAGCAAAGAAGUUCAAGAUAAAAAUUUUAGAGGAAAGGAAGUUCAAUCUAAUAAUAAACUUUCAGAAAUAUCAAAAUAGAAUUCUUCAAACUUGAACAAGAUAAAAUUUACUAAUGAUUUAUAGUUUGAGUUAAAUGAUUCAUUCUAAUAGUUUGGUUUUAAUAAAACUUAUUCUUAAAUAAAUGCUGAUAAUUAACCUAGUUAAAAGCCAAUAACACAUAAAAAAUCAAAUCAAAUUAAAUUUUGUAAUGAACAAAAUCCAUUCAUUAUUUAAAAUGAUGAUAAUCUUUCAUUAAAAAAUAAAUUUUAAACUCCUUGGUAGAGUUCAAAUCUUAUGAAGGAUCUUUUUCAUGAAUUUGAUGAUAAUAGAAUUUCUGAAAACAAUGGAAAAUAAUUGGAUAAUCAAGUAAAUUAAUCAUCCUCUUCUAUUGAAUAAUAUGGAAAUAUUUCAUUUGGUGAUUGCGAUGUCGAUUUAACAAAAGAUCAAUAAUUCAGAAAAAAUGAAAAUGAGGAGCCAUCUCCUAAAAUUUUAUAAAUAUUUGACGCUUUUGUAAACUCAAAGUUUGAUUUUGAAAAUCAUACUCCCUUAUCAAAAGAAAAAGCAAUAAAUAGAUAACAUCAAAUAGAUUUCUCAGAAAGAACACCUGUAUUUAAAUAAGAAGAAAUACGCAAUUAAACUUUCUAUUAAGAUAAAAAUCAUAAUACUUAAGGAGAAUCACAAAAUAGUCCAAAAACAAGAAAUAAUAAGUUUUUAGAUAAAAAAGGAGAGAAUAGAAAUGUUAAAGAAUAAAUAAAAAAAAAUCUUGCAUUGGAAUUUGA